ACCUUUAUGAUGCAUUUAUUUCCGGAAGUUGGCUUUCUGGCUGUUUAAUCGACCACGAAGCAGGAUUUGUUUACGUUAGCUAGCACAUUAACAACAGUAUAGAAAAGCAGAUCUCAAGUUUCACCAUUGAAUCCCCAGAAUGGCGCAUUGGUUCCACCGAAACCCAUUGAAAGCCACAGCACCCGUCUCCUUUAACUUCUAUGGAGUUGCUGGAAGCCAAGCUGCAAACAAAAUAUGCAAUGAUUUGAGAACAAACCGGGCCAGGCUCCUAGAGAUGUUCACAGAUCUCACCUGCAAUCCGGAGAUCAUGAAAAAUGCUACAGAUGCAUACUUCUCCCUCCUACAAGGUUUCAUUGUGUCACUGGAUGGGACCACGCAAGAGAACAAGCUACGGUUUAUGCAGAACUUCAAGUGGACCGAUACUUUACAGGGGAACACACCAAGUGCUCAGCAAGAUGCCAUCUUUGAACUGGUCUCUAUGGCUUUCAAUGUUGCAGUCUGGUACACCAAGUUUGCCUCAAGACUAGCAGGAAAGGAAAACAUAACGGAACCUGAGGCUAAGGAUGUCCAUCGGAGCCUGAAACUGGCUGCUGGGGUCUUUAAACACCUGAAGGAAGUGGAUAUCCCUCGCCUGAUCACACCAGCAGAGAAGGGCCGGGACCUAGAGCCCAGGGUCAUAGACACCUACAUCCUACAGUGCCAAGCAGAGGCACAAGAAGUGACCAUCGCCCGUGCGAUUGAGCUGAAGCACAAUGCCACUCUCAUCGCUGCCUUGGCGUUCGAAACAGCCAACUUCUAUCAGAAGGCUGACCACACUCUGAACACCCUGGAGCCAGAGUGCAGCAGCAAGUGGAGGAAGUACCUUCAGCUGAAGCAGCAUUUCUACAUGGCUUACGCCUUCUGUUACCAUGGACAGACCCUGCUGGCUAGUGACAAGUGUGGAGAGUCAAUCCGAUCACUCCAAGAGGCCGAGAAAUGUUACUCCAGGGCAGAGGCUCUGUGUAAGGAGUACCGUCAGACCAAAGGUCCAGGCAGCACAGCCAAGCCCUCUGAACAGCUGUUCUUCCUCAAGCUGGGCGGCCAGAUCAAGAUCACCCUGGAGAAGUGUCACCGAGAGAACGGCUUCAUAUACUUCCACAAGGUCCCUGCUGACGCGCCCCAGCUGGAGCUGAAGGCCAGCUACGGCCUGGCUGACCCAAUCACCUUCGAGCUCCCGCCACUCAGCGACCUGUGCACCCCGGAAGUCUACGUAACCUUUGACCUCACCAAGGGGGCUAAAGAUGAGAAGGCCAAACUCAAGGAGGUGGAGGUGAAGCCAGUGAAGGAGCCAGACCUGAAGGCUGAGAAGGACACAGGAUGUGUGCUCUCCUGAACCCACGCAUGUACACACACUCUCACACAUGUACACACAUAUGUACACACAUAUAUACACACCCUGGCUGCUUUGUCUCCUAAGCAUCAUGGGAAGGUGACUCUCCCGGUGGCCUCUACAAGACCCACAGCCUCUACAAGCCUCCACAGCCUCUAACAGGGGACAACUUAGAUCAGGAGAGGGAAAUCAAUCAACAAUUAACAACAAUUCAUGCAUGGAAUUUAUUCAUACAUUUCGUUUGUUUUUAUCUGUAGUGUUUUUUGAGGUUGCAUGACUAUCUAUUGCAGUUCAUUUUAUACAUGGUAGAUAGCUGUUUUCUAUUUUCUAUUCAGUUUAUAAUACAUUUAAAUAUGAUUGGCUCUGUUUUGAGGUUGAGGUAUUCUUAACUAUUGGGACUGUAGGGGAUUAUAAAAAACGAAUUAGAAUCUUAAUUUAUUGUUUUCCUGUAUAUAUAGUACAUAAUAUAUAACUAGUGAACCACUCCAACAUUUCUAUACAAUGUAUGGUAGAACAAAUCACAUCUUUGAUUUUUUCCCUGUAUUUAAUGUACUAGAAGAUCUAAAAACACUCCAACACAAACCUAUUGUACUGCUCUUGUAAAGCUCUGUUGCUGGAAAAUUGUUUAUACUGAAAUCUGAUGUAUUUAAAUGAUAUACUCUGUGUAGCUGCAGACUGACUGAAACUCUUUAGUCACACAGUCCAUGGGCACCCCUGGGUCAUACUGAUGGUUUGAUCUCCUGUAGGGUAUAAAACCUUCCUGAAGGAGUUUAUCUAUUUGUUGUGCUUUAAAAAUGUAGUUCGCACACUUCAGCUGCUGUGCUGGGUGACUGCUACCUGUCUGCAGUCAGUUACCCUGUUUUUAGCCUGAAUAACUUAACUGUGUUAUGUAAAAUCAAUUAAUCUCAUGUUGAUGAUUUAUCUAUGAAUGACAAUGAUGUACUCAUCUUGCAGUGAAUGCAUUAAAAUAUCUCAGUUACUCAGUUACAUUUGGUAAUAACUGUAUAACCAUGAAUCAAAUAUUUCUAGGGCAUAUACAAGACAAUGCAGUCCUUGAAAUAAUAUAGGUUUACCUUCCAUUAAAAGUUAUUAGUAAAUGUAGCAAUGUGCAGAAUGCUAAAAAAUAUAACUAGUUGAAAUAGGAAGAAAGGCUUGGAGAGUAAGAUUGAUCUUUGUGCCCUUAUGUUAAGAGCAAACCAUCAAUGUGAUUGGAGGAAUGGGAUUCUCACUGAAAAAAACUGAAUCCAUUGGAUAUUUAGAGGACCCAUUUUCUGUACUCGUUAAUUAAAGCAGGUGUUUAUGGUUUGCUGUGUCAUCAUUACAAUGUACACACAAGCCAACUGUAGCUCUCUUUCUCAUCCAAUCAUGUCUUGUCUUUGACAAUGUGUCUCAAUAAAGUUACGACUAUGAAACUGGAA